UCCAGUAUGUCCUAGUCCUGUCUGGUGGUCAGACAGACUCAUUGACCCCCAUUUUCAGGGACCCCGCCCAGAUCAGGUCACACUCCCGGCGAUUUCAUGGACUUUGAUUUGCCUGGGAUUCUGUAAAUCUUGAGGAGGUAAUUAUUGACCGCCUGGUAUUCUACUCCUCAGAUGUCACCUAAGGACUUUCAGAUCUCAUGCUGCUGAGCAAAUUUACUUUUGCAAUGCCUAGCAAAUAUGACAGUAUUGAACAGCUUUGAAGCCCAGCAAAGAAGGGAAAUCCACUGAGAAAAGUCAGGAAAGGUACAUGAAUGCUCAGCCUACUUUGGAAUACCUCCCCACAGUGCAACCAAAUGCAAGACGUUGGGGCCUUCAAGAUAGUAUUCUACCUGAUAGGUUGGACUAGUCUGAAGGUGCCCUGGGACAACCUGCUCGGUCACACAUCUGCAAGAACUCUCCAUCUUGCACUGAGGACCCCAAGGAGUUAACAGAAGAAGAGACUACAUUUGGCACACCAGAGGCAACCGUGAUAGAAGGUGUCUAAACAGCAACUGAUCUCUGUUUACGGUGUGAGCAGUUUCAUUCUGCCACAGCACUCAGAGCUUUUACUGUGAAACCAUGUCAUUUAGAUUUGGCCAACAUCUCAUCAAGCCCUCCGUGGUUUUUCUCAAAACUGAGCUGUCCUUCGCCCUGGUGAAUAGGAAACCCGUUGUACCUGGCCAUGUCCUCGUGUGCCCACUAAGGCCAGUAGAGCGCUUCCGUGACCUACAUCCUGAUGAAGUGGCUGAUUUGUUUCAAGCGACCCAGAGAGUUGGGACAGUGGUGGAGAAGCAUUUCCAGGGGACCUCCAUCACCUUCUCCAUGCAAGAUGGCCCUGAAGCUGGACAGACUGUGAAGCAUGUACAUGUCCACGUUCUUCCCAGGAAGGCAGGGGACUUCCCCCAGAAUGACAACAUCUAUGAUGAGCUCCAGAAACAUGACAGAGAAGAAGAGGACUCACCAGCCCUUUGGAGAUCUGAGGAGGAGAUGGCUGCAGAGGCGGACGCUCUGCGGGUCUACUUUCAGGCAUGAGAGUAACUCAAACGAUUCCCAAGGCAUAAGAAAAUGGACCCCAUUCUUCUGGAGUCUGCGACAUUGGAAAUGAAGCUAACCACUCUUUAUUGUACCCCACGACCCCACAGCCUUGUACAAAGAAUUUUAUUGCAUGUGUGGAAGCCACUAGUAUUAUGCUUCCAUCACAAUGACAGACAGCCUAGCUUCCCAAACAGUGGCAUUGACAGCCUGCCAUCGUUCCUCAGUUCUGUACUUAGAAUAGUAACAUUUCCAAACUGUCCCUGAACCUAUAUGAAAAUAAAGUGGUUGCUAAAA